UGGCUCUCUCCUCACCCACCUACCCCUCCCACUGAAGCGCCAAAUUCCACGACCUCAUCCUCUUUAAAUCCUUCAGGUUAAGCAUUCGUAUUGAUUUGAUUGAUUCGAUUCUUCUUCUUCUCAAGUAUUCUCUUGUUGCAACUCAUUCAUCUUCCUCCUCUAUCUUUCAAAUGGAAGCCACUCUCUUGAGAUAUACCACUUCUGCUCCUUCUCUCUUCUCUAAUUCUUCUAAACCCAAUUAUGAUCUUGGCUUUUCAAGGCAGAGGACAUCCUUCCUCGUCAACCCCGCUUCCAGUCUUAGUGGAAAACGCAAUCUCUUUCUUCAGGCAUUUGCGCCUUCAGUUGGAUCUGUGCACAAAAAAAGGAUUGAUGGAAGUGAAAACUUGACUCUUGAUGGUAUACGGCGUUCUUUAAUCCGUCAAGAAGAUAGCAUAAUAUUUAGCCUUUUGGAGCGAGCGCAAUAUUGCUAUAAUGCCGAUACAUAUGACCCUAAUGCCUUCUCCGUGGAUGGAUUCCAUGGAUCUUUGGUGGAAUACAUAUUGAAGGAAACUGAGAAGCUUCAUUCUCAGGUGGGUAGAUACAAGAGCCCUGAUGAGCAUCCAUUCUUCCCUGAUGGCUUACCUGAACCGAUGUUACCACCUUUGGAUUACCCUAAGGUAUUGCAUCCUAUUGCUGAUACAAUUAACAUAAAUGAUAGAGUGUGGGAAGUAUACUUUAGAGAUCUCAUUCCACGGCUAGUCACAGAAGGAGAUGAUGGUAAUUGUGGAUCUACUGCUGUUUGUGAUACGAUGUGCUUGCAGGCUCUCUCAAAGAGAGUCCAUUACGGAAAAUUUGUGGCAGAGGCUAAGUUUCAAGCUUCUCCAGAUGAAUAUAGGGAGGCCAUUAUAGCACAGGACAAAGAUAAGUUGAUGGAUAUGUUGACAUAUCCUCAAGUUGAAGAGGCAAUAAAAAGUAGAGUGGAAAUGAAGGCCAAGCAUUAUGGGAUGGAGGUAGUUAUAAACUGUAAGGACCAUGGAGCCGAACCAGUCUAUAAGAUCAAACCAAGCUUGGUUGCUGAUCUUUACGGUGAUUGGAUCAUGCCUCUGACAAAGGAAGUUCAGGUUGCCUACUUGUUGAGAAGAUUGGACUGAACAAUAUUUCUGUGAUGGGAUGCAGAGCAUAUUUGCUGUUCCUCUUUGUAAUGUUGGUGUAAAUGCUGGUUUUAGUGGUCGGCAGGAACUCAAGUCAAUAUUGUUAGAGCUGGACCAAUCAUUCAACUAGUAAAAAUAUUUUGAGCAUGUAAAAGUAUCCAUAUACAUAUUUUAUAUAUAUAUAUAUAUAUAUAUUGGUAAUACUGAGGUAGCUUUGAAAAGGCAGCUACUUUGUGCCUUUGUAGUUUGCUGCUCUGUCUCAAACUCUAGAACACAGGUUCGAAAGCUAGCAUUUUGGAUGCUAGCUUUGAAAAAGUUAUAAAGAUGGUUGAGCAUGAGAUCCACUCAAUUUUUUUUUUUUUUUUUUGUAAUGUUUGAUCUUAUCUUUGUACUUAUUUUUUAUGAGUGUUGGAUAUUUUAUACUUUUAAGUGGGGUAAUUUUACCCUUGAAUUAUUGUUUUGAGGAACAAAAAACCUCCUCUAUUGAUGAAUCAUUUACUUUGUUGUUA